AUGUUUUUGCUUGCAUUUCUAGCAUUAGCCCAGGCUCAAAAAUAUUACCUUUGUGACGAUUAUGGCCACGCUUGCAAGAUCGGGACAACCUGUUGUGCUCGUUCAGACGGAGGCUAUGGUUGUUGCCCUCUUUCACAAGCUGUCUGUUGUGCUGAUUCAGAUGGCCACUGUUGUCCAUUAGGCUACCCAGUCUGCGAUAUCAAGCAUAAAAAAUGCACAAACCACCUAUUGCUUGGGCAAACAAAAGAAAUUCUUAUCAAAGAGCCAGCCUUAAAAAGCUCUGGAGUCGAAAUGGCAGAAUUUGUAUUAGGAUUUUUUGAAGGACUCGGCAGCCAAAUAGGAGGCGAGUUGGUCACAGAGUGUUUUAAUGACGUAUCUUCUGCCCUAACUCUAAUUACAGAAUCUUUGGACUCAUUUGGAGGUGUUACUACUUUUGACUUUGACUUGGCGAUUCAGCAGCUAAGCCAAGCUUUGACUCAUUUAUCACAUGCAAAUUAUGAGUGCUCGACUGCCUUAGGGCCAGGACUUGCAAAGCUUGAAAAAUUCUUUAGCCAAAUCAGCAAUUAUGAAAGUUUGGAAAAAUUGGUACUUGUGAAUGCUUUAAGUAAAAGCAAUUAUAUAUGGAGAGAAUGGGCAAAAAUAGCUGAUGCGAGUUCGGAAAAUAAAGGGUUUUAUUUCGGGAGAGGGAUAAGCAUUUUAUUUGAAGAUUAA